AUGGACAUCAAAUCGAUAGUCGUCUCGACAGCUACGGCAAUAGCUACAGCCACGGCGACCGCUAUAGCGUCGGCCUCCCCAACAACAAGUGACACAUACGCAUUACCAACUCACACACCAGCGCUCUCUUCAGCAACGUCGACAGCUGGCACUAUCACAGGAUGGAUCUGUCUGGUGUGGUACUGUCUCAUCAUUUUUCUCAGCACGGUUGGAAUCACGUUGGUGUACAAACGCAACACGGUGGCCGAUGCUCCACGGUCCCCCUCAAUGACCAAUCCUCCGGGCGUGUCCAUUUUGCGUCCGCUCAAGGGCAUUGAUCCCGAAAUGGAAACGUGUCUGAUGGCUGCGUUUGAGCAGGAUUACCCUCUAUUUGAGAUCAUCUUCGCCGUGGAGAUGGCCGAUGAUCCAGCCAUCCCCAUUGUAGAACAGCUCAUUGCGCGCUACCCCAAUGUGGAUGCCCGUCUUCUGGUCGGAUCAGCCCACUAUGGACCCAACCCCAAGGUCAACAAUCUGGUCAAGGCGUACCAGCGGGCCAAGUACGACAUUGUCUGGGUUCUAGACGCCAACGUGUGGGUCACCCGAUCUGCCAUGGCCCGAUCCGUUGACAAAUUCAUCGAAAACCGCACCGUGGAACUCGUCCACCACCUGCCUGUCUGUGUGGCCAUUGACGAUGGCGUGGGAGCCGAGCUCGACGAAAUGUUCAUGCUCACAGCCCACUCCAAGUUCUACACGGCCAUCAAUUGGGCCGCUCUGGCUCCCUGCGUCAUGGGCAAGUCCAACAUGUACCGUCGAAGCUCGCUCAACAAGGCUGCCAAGAGCUUCAAUCCCAGCACAUUCAACCCCUUCACGCAAUGGGCAGCCAUGAGCGCUGCCAAGGUCGUGCAGCCGGCUGUGGGUGGCAAUCCCGAAUCGCUGGCAAUCUCGCCUCCUACUGCCGAGUCUCAGACCAUCUCGUCGUCGGCAGUGCACUCCACGACGCCUCAUUCGCGGUCAAACUCGCCUACCCACGAUACAGAAGAGAACACGGGUCUGCAGCAGUUUGCAAAGUAUAUUGCUGAAGACAAUAUGAUCGCUGAGGCUCUGUGGGGAGAGGGUGGACGAACGGCCAUGACCAGUGACUCGGUCGUGCAACCCCUGGCCAAAGUGACUCUGGCAGGCUAUGUCCAGCGACGAGUUCGUUGGCUGCGAGUCAGAAAGUUCAUGGUUCUGGCCGCCACUCUGCUGGAACCCACCACUGAGUCCAUUCUUUGUGGAAUCAUCGGCUCAGUGGGCUACUCGCUCAUCUUCAAGGGCGGCUAUUUCUCCUGGCCCUUCUUCUUCAUCCAUAUGGCUCUGUGGUGUCUGUCUGACUACUUCCAUUUCCACAACCUGCUCAGUUUCAGCAACCUGGACCGCCCCAAGCCGAACCAGACCAUUCCCUACUUUGCCAAGCGGUUCUACACCAACAAGCAUCAGCUCAACACCCCUAGUCUGCUGGGCAAGGGCAAGAACGUAAAUGGGCCCUUCGAGUCGCGUUUCGCGCUCCACUGGAUCUCCGUCUGGCUACUCAGAGAGUCCUUAGCCCUGCCCAUCUGGACCAUGGCCAUGCUUGGUCAGCAGGUUUUCUGGAGAAACAAGCCGUUCCGGAUCAAUGCAGACCUGUCUGCCGAAGAGAUUGAUCUCAAUUGA